AUGGCUUCAGCAGUUGCGGUCGCCCUUCUACUGGUCAUAAGCCAAUGUAUAUUGGCCGAGGAGAUCAAUGAUCUUCCUGGUGCGCCAAAAUUGAAUUUCAAGCAGCACUCUGGCUACUACACCGUAGGAGGAGAGGCUAAGAAUCAUAAAAUGCAUUACUGGUUUGUUGAGUCUCAAAGUGAUCCAAAAUCUGAUCCAGUCAUUUUAUGGCUAACUGGUGGACCAGGAUGUUCUGGCUUGUCCGCACUUUUGACUGAAUGGGGUCCGUUCAUGGUGAAUCCUGAUGGAGCUACUCUACGAGAGAAUCCAUACUCAUGGAACAAAAAAGCUUCUGUUCUCACCAUAGAAGCGCCAGCUGGAGUUGGAUAUUCGUACUCGACUGAUGGUAACACCAAGACCAAUGAUGACCAGACUGCUAGUGAAAACUGGGAAGUUUUGGUUGCGUUCUUCGAAGAAUAUUCUCAUUUGAAAGAGAACGACUUCUAUGUGACAGGAGAAUCAUAUGCAGGCAUCUACGUUCCGACGUUGGUGCAAACAAUUCUGGACCGGCAAGAAAAAUCCAAAAUUAACAUCAAGGGAUUUGCAAUCGGCAAUGGAUGCGUGUCGGAGAGCACCGGCAUAGAUACAUUGAUUAACUUUGAGUACGGGCAUGGAAUGAUUGAUGACAGCCAAUGGCAGCAGGUCAAAGAGCAAUGCUGUGAAAAUGACGUCGAUGGAUGCGCCUUCCAUGAAUUCCAACAAGGCAGUAAAUGCUACCGAUUCGCCCUAGAAGCCUUCAGAAUGGCAUGGGCAGGUGGCCUAAACCCCUACAAUAUGUAUGCUGAUUGUGCGCAAGGCGAGAAGAGAGAAGUAUCCACUCGAUUCCGGGUGGAGUACGAACAUUUCAUGGGCGAGAAGCUGAACGUUACUGAGCUUCUCCCAGUCCCAUGCAUGAACGAGACAGCGGUUACGACGUAUCUGAAUCGUCCUGAUGUACGUAAAGCUCUUGGAAUACCUGAUGACUUGAAAGAGUGGUCUUUGUGCAGUGACGUUGGCUAUCGUAAGCAGCAUGGUGAAAUGGCGGAACGAGUAAAGAAUGCUUUAGAUGCUGGUCUUAAAGGAAUGCUAUUCAGUGGUGACGUUGAUAUGGCGUGUAAUUUCUUGAUGGGAGAGAGAUUCUCACGUCAGCUCGGCUUCAAGGAGACACAACAAAAGAAAACCUACCAUGUGGAUGGACAAGUCGGUGGAUUCUAUACGCAAUACGAAAAUCUUCAUUGGGUUACUGUCAGAGGCGCAGGUCAUAUGGUCCCCACGGACAAACCAUCAGUGUCACUUCAUAUCCUUAAUGCAUUCAUGGAAAAUAAGGGAUUCUAG